UUGUACUCUGAAAACCUUAUACUCUGAAAACCACGCCCAUUUUCUGGAAAAACGGUCUGCUUUCCUCGAACCAGUCGAUAACUCCUACUCUCGCUGUAACAGCGUUUGUGUAAAUAUAAGUUUUGUAAAAUGUUUCCCAUUUAUAGCUUUUCACUGUUUUGGACAUUGUUUGGGGGCACGGUAUCAGUUAGUCACUCCCUUCUGGGUACCUGCUACACUGCAGUGAAUACUGAUGAGUUCACUUGUGUCCUGUGGCUCGAUGGCAAAGCAGUCGACUCCUACAGUAGCAAUGGCAUGGACAGUGUGCCCCGUAGAAAUUGGAUGCGUGAAGGAAGAGGCCAUUCUCUGUGGAAGUCUGUCAAACGCCUUAAUAUGGAGCACUGGAACAGAGGCAGAACUGACAUCUUAAAAAAUGACACGGGACUUAACAUGUCUGGUGCUGCUGUCCUGCAGGGGAGGUUUGGCUGUGAGAUCGAGGGAAACCCUGACUCUGGUGUAAGACUUAUGAGGACCUUUGCUCAGUACGGAUGGAACGGAGAAGACUUCCUGUCCUUCAACCUCAGCAGGCUUCAGUGGGAGGCUUCAGCAGGAUCUGCUGUCCCCAUGAAGAGGAAGUGGAACAGGGACCAGGGCAUCACCGUGGAAACUAUGAACUACAUAGAUUACAUCUGUGUGAGGCAUCUGUCGGACAGUUUGUCUUUUGAAGCAAAGGAGAGCCAGGAGACAGCUGAGCCCACGGCUGCAGUAUUUGCAAAGAGAUCCUGGGACCCUGGGAAGGUUAUUCUGACCUGCCUAUUUACAGGAUUUCACUGCAGAGACACGACGGUGGAGGUUUAUCGGGAUGAUGACAUCAUCACUGAAGAAGACGGCCUUUUGUCCUCUGGGAUCAGACCAAAUGGGGAUGGGACCUGCCAGCUGAGAAAGAGUUUGGACAUCUCUAACAGCACUGAGGCAUCAUAUAGCUAUGAAGUCCAGUUCGGAAGUCUUAAACGACUGGUCAAAUGGGAUGGGACGAUAUGGGAACGGGCUGCACCUAGACAAGACUAUGAUUACUACUGGUUUUUUAUGACACUUGUGUUGGCCAUUGGUUUAGUACCUUUGUUUUUUGUUUUUAUGCGGCUACUGAGAGACAGGUGGCGCAGACAGCCAAACCAGCGCACAGAGGACUUGGCUUUAUCAGUUAUUGAACGUGUCGAUGGAGCUCAGGUGGAAUGAAACCCAGCUCAGUGGAUUCAUCGUCUUGAUGCCACAAGAUAAUGACCUUCGUGAAGUGCAAUUAGGUACUACUGGACUGCAGCGACACCAUAAAGAGACCGUGCAGCUGGAAGGCCAAUCAACAUCAAUGAGAAGAAGGACAGACCUACUGGAGGCCCCUCUGGCAUCUGGGGGGCACAGCCUUGUGACCCUUUUUAUGGAGACCAAAACAGGCCCGUCCCAACAUGGUUGGGAACAGGACACCCCUGGCCUUCACUUUCCCUCCACCUUCCCAAACUGCCCUGGCUGUCUCCAUUUAGCACUGAAGAUCUCAGGACUGGAAGGCAGGAUCUGUACACUAUGCUGUAUCAGAGGCAGGAGAGUAAGUGGCGCUCUGACUUGCUGGUUGUAGUGGCUUCCCAGGUUGUAGAAAUUAGCGCCCUCUCCUGGCGCAGCUUUAACACUGCAAGAGAGCCGAUACCAUCAAAAGCCCCUUCAGAUCCAUGCCAGAACAGACACUUAAGACACUGGCCUGUUCCAUACUGUCUGUUUUAAAAGUUAAGCUAUUUCUGAAAUGCAUUAUUUGUUGUAAAGUUGAAUGUAUUCACAAAAUGUAUUAUUUGUUUUAUUAAAAUGUUUGAUUAGUUGGGUAUCUCUAAACACAGCUAAUCUGGACCAAGGUUUUAUUUAUUUAUUUAUUUAUUUAUUAUCCUUUAUUUAACCAGGAAGGUCCCAUUGAGAUACAAUAUCUCUUCUGCCAGGGAGUCCUGGUGAAUUUUAUUACCAGACCAAAGACAUUUAAGACACGUUAAAGUAUUUCUAUAAAUGUCAAAAGUAAAGCCAGAAGAUAUUUGCUGAUGAUUGGUUGUAUUUGUAUUUGUAUAAUUUUUAUUUAAGUUUUACAAUUUGUUUCUCUGUCUUUGUGUAUAGAUGGGAUCCUUAUCAUUUUCAUAACUGACAAAUGUUCAAAAUAUAUAAGUACUCUCCUCUAAUAUAAGUGUUGGCAAUAAACUUGUUUUCCUUUAUGCAACCAAAUCCAAAUCCUAAUACCAGUGACACUGGUAUUGUGUUGGAAAUGCAUGGUGUCUGAACACUUGAAUGUUAAAUCUGUGCACUUGCCAACCAGUAUACAUUUUCUCAUUUUUUGCGAAAAACUUUAGAAUAGUUUAGUACCUCUGACACUUCAUAUAAUACAUGUCAGUUUGCAUGUAUCUAAAUUCCAGCCAGCCAGUUUUGUUUAACAGUAGAACAUGCUAUUCCCUGGGUGCCCAGCAGAUGGCGAGCAUGUCCUCCAUUUUGAGUGGUAAUUCCAUAGAAAUCCUUUGGGCGGUACAAAUCCUGGCUGUGCUCAAUCAACGGAUUUCACCGCUGCUUGAUCAUGUGAUCAAAUUACUGAUUGUGACCCUGUACACACGGGGCUUUUUCAAAACGUUCUGAGUGCAUUCUAGAAUGUGUUGGCAGUACAACAGUCGUAGCCUGUGCGUAUGCACACACCAAUUGGAACCGUUCGCUAGCCGCACAAGUUUUGGAGCAGACUGUCUGUCAGGCUGUCUGUCAGAAAUCGCCUUGCUGUCAAUGAGCUCCGAAGACACGUCAGCCUUCAAAAGCUGUUCUUGAUGUUAGUGAAAAAGGGUUUCCUCGCCACCCCAACUCUGUUCAACGUUUACCAUUACUGUUUACCCAUUGUUUCUCAAAGAAUAAAUAAAGGACAAUUUCAUGCAA